CAAAUAUAUAUCUCUCCCUCACUCCCUCCCUCCCUCCCUAAACUUCUCUUUAAACUAAAUAAGCUGUUGAAGAAAAGCUAUACAUUCUUAUCAGUGAAUUGAUUUUCUUUUUUGAGCUUCAUUAUUGCUUCAUAUCAAAUGGCUGGUUUCUCAAGAAACGUGUUUUCUUCUUCAGUAGUAGUUUUUGUUUUCUUCUUCAUGUUGAGCUUGACAGAAGCAAGAGAGCAUUUGGUUGGUGGCAAAACUGAUUCUUGGAAAGUACCAUCUUCACAAUCAGAUUCCCUUAAUAGUUGGGCUGAAAAAUCUCGAUUUCUAAUCGGCGAUUCUCUUGUGUGGAAGUAUGAUGGAAAAAGUGAUUCAGUUUUGGAAGUGAGCAAGAGAGACUAUGUGUCAUGCAACAUUUCAAGUCCAAUAGCAGUGCACAAUGAUGGGAACACAAAGAUAGCGUUGGAGCAUUCAGGAGCAUACUAUUUCAUUAGUGGAGCAAAAGGGCAUUGUGAACAAGGCCAAAAAUUAAUUGUCGUAACCUUAUCUGAGAAAAACAUGAGGAAAUUCAUGGCACCAGCACCCUCUCCAGCAGAACUUGAAGGUCCAGCUAUGGCUCCUACUAGCAAUGCUGUUAACUUGAAGGCUAGUUUGGUUGUGGCUUUUGGGGUUUUAGUGGGGUUUUUGUUUUGAAGUGAGAGAGAAUUUGUGUUGAUUCUUUUUUUGUACUGAAGGUGAGAGAGGGAGAGGAUGAGAGGUGGUGGCCUUCUUGGUCAUUCACCUUUAAUAUUUUUUAAUUCAAUUUUUUUAUUCAAUAAAUAAAAGCUUCAUAUUUUUCAAA